AUGAAAAAUAACAUUGUUGAUGAAUACUUUGCUCCUAGGGUCCAAAUAGACAUUUCUAAACCCAUAGGUGCAUAUAUUCCCUACGGAAAUUCCCUCAUGUUUGUGGUUUCUAUGCGUCUUCAAGGGAUGGACUUUUUUAGGUACAUACACUCUAGAGAUGAUGGAAAGCCAUUUACCAUGUCGGACGUUAUUCAUAAGGAUAUUGGACUUGGGAUAUUCUCCACUAAAUCUCUGAAAAGCCUAUCUGUCUUUUACAGGGACGGCGAUAACACACUCGAUAUUCCUCUAAUGAUCUUGUUUGAGGAACAGACGGGAGGUUACUGCUACUAUUAUAGGAGUGGUAGCAAGUGGACAAAAGAGUGCAGAGAAUCUCAACUUUCUGAGUCUGACACAGAGCGUAAACUUGAAGAUAUUGUAGAUGAGUGUUGCCCAUAUUGUGGAAUCUCAAAGAAGACGUUAUGGGCACUUUGGACACUCUCUGCGCUAUUCUUCAUCUAUGCUCUCUUUGAAGCAUUUGUCACGUACAAGAAACCAGAGUGGAGUCUAAUAUACAAACUUGCGGGUAGUAUAGAAUUUGUGAUACACAAGGCAGAGAUAUGGAUGAUUGAGAAUGUCCCGAUUUUUAAACACUUUCUUAUGCUAGUCGUUGCUAAGGAUAAGCCUCCACAGGGAUUUCUGGGUGCUUGGAAGCGAAGCAUGACUCUAGAGGUAGCCUAUAUUGUGGUAUACAUCAUCUCAAUGACAUUUGUUUCCAUGACGGCUUUGGAUUUGGCGGAUUUGGUGCAUUUCCUUCCGAGGGCUCCACAGAUUCAUGUACGUUUCAUUUCUAUUUUAUCAUUUCUCCCACAGGACCUGUCGUUUUAUGGUAUGAAUUUGGCUCCACCAUUUUCUCUUGAGCAUCCACAUCUUUCUUCACCGCCAACUUUACCAACUGGAAACAUACCACUUGUACUUCACAAGAAUGCAAUUUUUCCAAACCAUGGCAUUUCACGCCUUCAGUACAUCAAGGAACAAGUGGAACCGUUGGCAAAGCCUACAGAUUCCAAAGCUGAUACAGCAGCUCCACUCUCUCCUGUUGCCAAGAGCACCUUUGACGCCUCGAUUAAUGACAAGAAUAGUGCAACCAUGAGCCAGGCAUCCGUAGGAAAAGGUGAUGGUUCUGUCGUAAAAAAGGCUACUGGUCCUACGCAGGCGCCUGCGAAGAAUGAGGCAAAGGAAGAUACAGGCACAUUUUAUGAUAAUCUCCCAUUUGUUCCGCAUCUUGGAGAAUCAGAGGGUGAGACUGAAGAAGUUUCAAAGGAUGAGUUUCCACCAGAAACUGGUGAUUUAAGUCCAGAGGGUAAAUCCGAGGUUGUUGUAAUGUACAAGUUGCAAAAGAGACCUCUAAAGAUUCUGGCUUCUGCGUUUAUAACACUCUGCUUCUUCUUUUAUACCUACUGUCUCUGGAUCGUCUUUACCUUUGUCUUGAACAAGGGCACAGACCUGGAUGCACUCACUAGACAUCCAGAACAAUUUACUCCACUUAUUGAAUGA